CUGCGGCCUUGAUAUCUGCCUCCUCGGAACCGGCUAGUACUCGAAGCUGAACUCUCAUCCUUAGCUUUCACCUCGAUCUCUUUUCUUCUCUGAUACUGACCCUAUGGCUUCCAUCUCUGCUAGAAGAUUGGCGAAAGAGCUACAUGAAAUCAAGACAGAGGGUUGUCCAGUCGGAAUAAAUCUCCUACAGGCAGAUGACUUUGCAGCAUGGCAGUUCACUAUAGAGGUCAUGGGAGAGUCGCUCUACCAGGGCGAAGUUUUCACUCUGCUUUUCCGGUUCGAUAAGCACUACCCGAUAUCAUCUCCAGCUGUCCAGUUUGUUGUCACUGAUGGAAAGACAUCACCUGUGCAUCCGCACGUAUACUCCAACGGACAUAUUUGCGCGUCGAUUCUUGGGAACGAGUGGUCACCCGUCCUUAGCGUCAUUGCCGUGUGUGUAACAUUACAGAGCAUGCUGGCAUCUUGCAAGAAGAAGGAACGUCCGCCAGAUAACGACCGCUACGUGCGUCAUGCACCCGAGAACCCGAAGAAGACUCAAUUUCACUACGACGGUGAGUAGCUGAUCAACGAUACGAGUUGAUCGCUUACUGACAAGCAUUUCAUCGGGGGCUCUCUAGAUGACACGGUUUAAAUACACAUCAACCUCUCUCAUGACUAUGCGGGCUGGAUUUUCAUGUAUUUUGUAUCUAUCACACGUUCUUUGCACGUAUACCUUAAAGUUCUAACAAGCAACGCAAGACAUCGUUCUGAGC